AUGGCGUCGCCGGCGCUAAUCUGUGACACGGAGCAGUGGAAGGCCCUCCAGGUGUCUGGUUGCAGUGAGUAUGAAGGGAUCUUUCUGGAUUACUCGAGGCAGCAGGCGACUGGUGAAACCAUCGACAAGCUGCUUAAAUUGGCUGAGGUUGCGAAGCUCAAGGAGAAGAUUGAGAAGAUGUUUAAAGGUGGAAAGAUAAAAAGCACAGAGAACAUGUCAGUGCUUCAUGUAGCUCUGAGGGCUCCAAGAGAUGCAGUUAUAAACAGUGAUGGGGUCAAUGUGGUACCUGAGGUUUGGUCUGUUAAAGAUAAAAUCAAGGAGUUUUCAGACACUUUCAGAAGUGGAUCAUGGGUUGGAGCAACUGGAAAACCAUUGACGAAUGUUGUGUCAGUUGGAAUAGGUGGUAACUUUCUUGGCCCUCUAUUUGUGCAUACUGCGCUCCAGACUGUGGUGGUUGUAUCAAAGACAUUCACAACAGCUGAAACAAUGUUAAAUGCUCGAACUCUUAAGGAGUGGAUCGUUUCUUCUCUUGGGCCACAGGCUGUUGCAAAACAUAUGAUUGCUGUCAGUACUAAUCUUAAGGGCAUUUUUAUUCCUACUCCGGGAGACCAGCCUCAUUCAACUAGUGAAAAUGAUGAUCACAUUAAGCAGAUAAAUGAACUGAGGGCUGCACUCAAUGCACAUGCCAGUGACGAUGAUCUUCGGCAUAUUAUCGAUAGCUUCAUGGCACAUUACUACGAAGCUUUCAGGCUUAAGGGUGUAGCAGCCAAGGCAGACACUAUUCAUGUGCCGUCAGGAAUGUGGAAGGCCCCUGUCGAGAGGUGUUUUUAUGUGGUUAGGUCGAUUUUGACCGUCAGAGAUUCUGAAGGUUUAUGGUCUCUGCUCACUUGUUCUUGUUAG